AUGGUGCAGCUGUUCACAGAGGAGCAGAACGCUCAGGCUGUUCGGCGGCAACAGCAGCAGCUGAUUCUGACGAACAUGCUGCGCGUUCGCCAGCCUUUCUUCGUCGUGCCUCGGCGGGACGGCUCAAAGCCAGGCAAGAGGAGGAACAUCAACCGACAUCAUGAAGCCGGCGCAAUGCUGCUUGACGCCGACUACUUCAAAGACGACGCGACUCAUUCACCGAAGGAAUUUCGGCGCCGGUUUAGGAUGAACAAGGACAUGUUCUUGAAGAUUGUCCACGGUGUCAGGGAGUACGACACGUACUUCAUGGCCACGAAAGAUUGCACAGGACUGUGGGACUUCACCUCAAUUCAGAAGUGCACUGUUGCAAUGCGUUGUCUUGCAUACAGAGCUCCUGCAGAUACAGCCAAUGACUAUCUACGGAUGGCAGAGUCGACAUGUACAGAGACUCUCUACAGGUUCUGCCGAGCCGUCAUAGCGGUGUUUGGUAAAGACUAUUUGAGAGCACCAAGAGUAGAUGAUACAUCUCGGAUCUUGCAGAAGAAUGCAGCAAGAGGGUUUCCUGGGAUGCUCGGAAGCAUCGACUGUAUGAAUUGGGGCUGGAAGAAUUGCCCUUUUGCUUGGCAGGUGAUCUACAAGAGCCAUACUGGAACAAACAAUGAUAUCAACAUGCUGCAGCGGUCUUCGGUGUUUGCCAGGCUAGCUGAGGGACAAGCUCCUGCCGUGAACUUUAAGAUGUGGGAGGUGAUGAGCGCCUGUGUGAACAUCCACAACAUGAUCAUUGAGAGCGAGCGCGAUGCACUUGUGCAGGAUGAUCAUCCAUUUGAUUAUCAAUGGCCACUAGCUGAGGUAGAGCAUGUGCCCCAAUAA